GCGGAUAGAGAUGUUCUGAGCGCGAGGCUCCAGUCCCCCUCCUUCGGAAAAACAAACACACACACCGGAGCCAGAAAUGCUACACCGCCCAACUGCGGACUGCCUUAACGGGCUCAUAUGAUGCUUCUCGAGCAAUGCAUACGUUUAUUAUUUUUUGUUUUAUUUUUAUUUUCGUAAUAAGCAUACAGUUGACCGUUUUUGGCCGUUUUGUCGUUAGUUAGCUGGCUAAUUGGCUAGCCAUCGAUUGAUGUGUGUUGUCAGAUCUGGCCCAGCAUACUGAUAUCAAGGCUGCUAUCCGCGGCUUAUGUGCCUCGGCCUUUUUUCAUUCUGCAAAGAACACUAAGAAGCUGGAGCAAAAUAAGAAGAAUGGGUGCGUUCUUAGACAAGCCAAAGAUGGAGAAGCACAAUGCUCAUGGGGAGGGGAAUGGCCUGCACUUUGGACUCAGCAGCAUGCAGGGAUGGCGUGUGGAGAUGGAGGACGCACACACAGCUGUGAUAGGCCUGCCUCACGGCCUCAGCCUUUGGUCCUUUUUUGCCGUCUACGAUGGGCAUGCAGGCUCACAGGUUGCUAGAUAUUGUUGUGAGCAUCUGCUGGAACACAUCACCAGCAACCCAGACUUCAGGGGAGGUUGCACGGCAGUCACAGGUGCAGAUUUAGAAGAUUCUGAGCCCUCCGUAGAGAAUGUGAAAUGCGGAAUCCGCACAGGCUUCCUGCAGAUCGACGAGCACAUGCGGGCCAUGUCGGAACGCAAGCACGGGGCGGACCGCAGCGGAUCUACUGCAGUGGGUGUCAUGAUCUCCCCUCAUCAUUUCUAUUUCAUCAACUGUGGUGACUCCAGGGCCUUGCUGAGCCGCAAGGGACGCGUUCACUUUUUCACCCAAGACCACAAACCCAGUAACCCCCUGGAAAAGGAGCGGAUCCAGAAUGCAGGUGGUUCGGUUAUGAUCCAGCGGGUCAACGGCUCUCUUGCUGUCUCCCGCGCUCUAGGUGACUUCGACUAUAAGUGUGUGCAUGGGAAAGGUCCCACUGAGCAGCUAGUGUCCCCAGAACCAGAAGUGUAUGAGAUUGAACGCUCCGAGGCUGAUGAUGAAUUUGUGGUGCUAGCCUGCGAUGGCAUAUGGGACGUCAUGGCAAAUGAAGAACUUUGUGAUUUUGUGCGUGCACGUUUGGAGGUGACAGAUGACCUGGAGCGAGUGUGUAAUGAGAUCGUCGACACUUGUUUGUAUAAGGGUAGCCGUGACAACAUGAGUGUGGUGCUGGUAUGUUUUCCUGGUGCCCCGAAAAUCAACCCAGAAGCAGUGAAGAGAGAGGAGGAGCUAGAUAAGUACCUGCAGAACAGAGAAGGUGGAGUGUGUAAAAAGGCGAAUAAAUAAAAUUCAAAAUAAAAGAGGAAGAUAGAGAAGGCGAGAAUUCUUACUUAAUUAGGUGAGUUUGUUAGAUGGCAGUUUACACUGGCCAAACAAGUAUAUGUUACAGUUAACUUAAAGUUUCCAAUUAACGAAUCCCCAUAUUGGAGAGGAAAGACUUGCUGGUACUGUAUUAUCACAGAUCGGACUAUUCGUGAUCAAUUUUCCAGAGUCUGAAGAAAUACCACAGUGUGACAGUUAGAGGCCUUCGAUUAUUAUUGCUAUUAUAAAAAAAGCACUUAUAAAAUUUAGAUGAAGUCUGUAGCUUUACCAGAGGUUUAUUUUUAGUGCAUCCAAGAAUCCUGCGCUCUAGUGCUUACUAUACAUAAUAUUGACAUAUUAUUACUGUAGCUACUAAGUUAUGGUAAGUGCAAUUGUAGUUUAGGACAAUGGAAUGCCAGAAACUCAACACAUGGUUCCGCACUUUUGCAUUAAAAGCUGCUAUGCUUAAAGGCAUCUUUUAUUAAUAAAAAGAGAGAGACCAAAUUUGAGAUCUCAGUUAGAAUACAAAAUGUUUGUGUUCAAACAGAAAUGAAACAAGGGUAGUGUUGCAUUCUGUUUGUGUCAGUUUGUCCUCAUGGCUUCGGGUAGUUGAAAUAGCUGAAAUAUUCAUCCACUUGUACAAGCAUGUGUUAAGUCUGACACCUGUUUCAGUUGCACCUUUCUGAAAUGUUGCAGUCAUUAAAAAUGAGUAUGAAUGUCAGGCCUCCACUGCUGAUUGCCUGAAAUUGUAGCUGACUCUCUGUUUACUGUAAACGACCUGAUGGUGCAGUUUCGUGUCUACAGCAGUAGCUGUUGCCAUGAGGAAUUUAUUCUGCAUGAUUCCUGUUCUGUAACUGUAAAUGGAACAUUGAUGCCUUAGUCCUAAUUUACAGUGACUACCUUGAUUAGCAUUGAUAGGUUAGAAGUUGCACCCACCCCAACUGCUUGGAAGAGUAAAAUUAAAUCCAAUGGAGACUUGGUACACAAGCAUGCACCGUACUGAUAGCACGAUAAGUUGUGUACACCUCCUGCAUGUAAGCUAAGUGAAGAAAAAAACAGGGAUAGUUCUUAAUCAGAGAUAACUUGUGUUAAGUUCGUCCGAUAGAAGUUUUAUACUUUGUCGAUAAUUUGUACAAUAUACAUUUCUAACCCCGCCUGAACUGAACACAGUGUUUUGAAAGAUUGUGUUGAUAUUUUACAAUGCUCUCUGAGUUGUUUACUACUUGUUGCCUCAAACUGACAUUUUGUCAAUCCUCUGGUUUGUCUAUAUAACUAUAGAAGUGAAAAAAUAGUAAUAUAGGAAAUUAUUGGCACAGAGUGGGAUUCAAUCAGUCAGCAGUUUUUAUGAGAUUUAGAAGUUCGUCGCUACAAUGAUGUAACAUUGAUGGUACAUUGCACCUCAUGUUAUGUCUGUUUAACCCAACAUAAUUCGUAUGAGCUGUCGAAAUCGUAAAAUAUUGUACAUCUUGGCUUGUACGACUUUUAUUCCCAUAGAAACCAACCAAUCAACAAACUGAAUACAGGCAUCAAAUUUUAGCUACACUUCAAUCCAACACUUUAUUUGAGGAAAGAGAACAUCAGGGAACAGAUUUGGUUGCUCGUUCAAUAUUUAUUUACACAAAAAUUACUGAUUAAUUAUAUUUUUGUGACUGACUGAUAUAUGUCAUUAAUCAAACACGCUUGCCUCAUUACAAACCCUAAUGUUUUCUUUCUUUUGUGGUAUACAAAAGUUAUUUUCCUUUUAAAGUUAUUGUUUAGGUUUAGGAUUUGGAUAAGUGAUUGGACUUUAUGGUGGUUACAUUCAAAGUCAGCAUGAAAUCAAAAUUGACCCUAUUUAUUUUAUUGAUGCAUGUUAUUGGUCUUAUUGUAAACGAUUCAUCCAUGCAUAUUUGCUAUUUUAUCCGAUAUAAAAUAAAUGUUAUUUAUAUAUAUUUUUAUUUUUUUGACCUCGUAAUCUUUAAUAAAAAUGUCAUAACUGUCUCCACCGGUGAUAUGACUGACUUUUCUCUGCUGACGUGCGCAAGGCCAUGCUGCAGCUUAGCCAGUUUUAGUCAGUUUUAACCCUGCCCCUUCAAGAAACAUGUAAACAAACUUUCCUUCCUUGCUCCCUUUCCUGGUUUCCUAGCUCUGCCCUUUUAGGAAAUGAGGAAAGGAUGCAAGGAAAGGAAACGAGGACGGAGGUAUCGAAGCAAGAAUUAUUUUAAAAUGGAAUGUCCUGCUCUCUCAAGUGUUACUUCAAAGCGCCGUCUCUGCAAAGUACCGUGGCGCACUUUCCGUUAUGUUCUUUAAACUUAAUAAAUGGAUAUUUUCAUACUAAAACCUAAUAAUUCAAGAUGCACUGUUGAAGUAUGUGACAAUUAUGGUUUAUUUAAUCCGCAAAGGUGAAAAAUGAAUGAAAACUUGUGUCAGAUGUGAAGGGGGAGGAGAAUUUAUACGUGCGUCAGGUGCUUUGGAAAAAGUCUUCCAUAUAGGAUGCUCCUUGGCUUCUUUGCUCAAGCGAUCUCAGGAAGCUUCCUCCGUCCUCCAUCCUUACCUCCUCACGGUGCAUUUAGAGCAGGGGUGGGGAACCUUUUUCCCAUUAAGGGCCAUUCGAUUAUUUACGAAAUUAUCCACAGGCCAUACAAUUGCUUGCAAUUUCUGAUUGUGGGUUGAAAUUAACGUACACAUUCAGUUACUUGCUCGUGCACCAAGAAAAAAAAACACUAAAAGGUCUGUCUAUUAUACAAUAUUUGUACUGGUUUCCGGGUCACGGGCUGGAGGACGGAGGAGCGAGGAAACCAGGAUGCCCAAUUUAAGAAAUGAAAAGCCCCCUAUGUGUCGACUGCAAAUUUGCAAUUAGGUCUACCUCCAUUCCGGUAUGCAGCGGCCACUUUUCACAAUCCAAUCAACAACCGAUGGAUAAAAUCAAGUCCCCACCCAACAGUUUUUUUUUGUUUAAUAAGCUGUUUUACUCAGAAAUGCGUCUCAAUGUGGAAGAAAAGUCAGUCGUAAUUUCUGUUUCACGCCAUUUUUAACUUUGGUUUAAAAAAUUUUGCAACUGAGUUCAUUGGUUAUUUUUUAUUUUGUUCUGUUGGAGUAAAAGAUGUAUGUUUUUGUACAAGCCAACUCUAUAGAUUUGCCACCUCAUACUAAUUAUGCUUUGUCAAGAGACUGGGUUGGUAAAAACCUGACAGGAUUUAGCAAAACAAAAGUGUUGCAUGGAUUUUUUUUUAUUUAUUUUUUUUUAUUUUUUGUUUUUUUUCUCCACUUUCCUUGAUUUUUCUCAUCUUUGUGCCCCUUGGACUUAAUUUGUAAUGCAAGAAUAGAAACUGAUACAUUUGCCUUUAUUGUAAGAGUGGGAGGGGUCUUUUUAUUUAUCUACAUUUGCCCAUUCAAUCGAAAGCUCCCACAAAUUCUUAGCAUGUCUUUGUGUAUUUUUCCAUAAGAUAUAUUUUAGCUUUAAGAUGUGUUUAGCUGAAGAAAAAAGAAAAAAAAAGAAGAAAAAAAACAUCGUGUGCCUGUUCUAAGAGAGAACUCUUGAGAUUAAAAUGAUUGUAGGUCACUCCUGUACCAUAUGUGGUUGACAUUUAGGUCGGGUUUGCUGUUAAGUCCCUUCUCUUCACUAUUUGACACAUUCAGCUUGAGAUGACAUAAGAUAAUCCACUGUGUGUUAACUUAGCCUUAAUUAUUUUCUUCCAUAAUAACACCAGAUUUGUAUGCUUUGAAAGACAUAACAUGUGAUUUGUUGAUGUCCUUCUGGGAGAGCCUUUAAUUGUGCCUAUGAUUGUGAAUCUAUGGCCAGUUGUAGCAUUCAACGUAACUUUUAGGUCAUUUUAGGUGAGUUUUGUUUGUUUCACAUAGUCAUUCUUUAAGUGGCAUAAACAUUAUUCCACACAUGCACGAUUUUACGCAUCAUUUUGCCUGAUGCAUUUUGCUUGUGCGUUAGGUGAGGAAAUUUAUUUAAACUGUUCACCUAACAAAGCACAACUCAAACACCCAAUUAGUCAAACAUGGGGUGGAAGUCUUCUUGCCUUCAUGAAAAACAAGGCAGGAAUUAUCAGGGCCAUAAAGUAUUGUACAGGUUGCCUUGAUUUUUAGGCAGUUGUGCAGUUGCCUGGAAACACUGUAGCACCAUCAAAUUGGGACAUGCUCUCCUCUUUAGGGUUAGAAUAAAGAACAUGCCAUCUAAUCUGUCCUUCAACCAAGUCAUAACUUAUUAUGUUUUCAUUAUAACACAUAGGAUAACUUCAAAAUGUAUAUUCUGGAGUAUGAAUCUAGGGCAUAUAGAGCCCUCUUAUUGUUGAAUAAUUGCGCUGUGCUGUUGGUCCCUUUGUCUAAUUUUUGUCUUUACCUCUCAGGUCCAAACUGACAAGCAACAGAGGACACUAUAUUUAUUUGAAUUAUUUAUUGUCUUAAUAGUAUUUUACCUCUUUUGAAUGAAACUGUCAAUGCAUUCCAUUUUAUUUAGCCAAAUAAGCACUACUAAUGCAACAAAAAGCUUGUAUUCCUUUUUGCUUGUAUUUAUUGUUAUUUGUGAGUUAUAUAGUCCAUGUGAACUGAAAGUUAUGCGAGUUAAAAUUUCAUGAUGGAUUGGGUAGUUUCUUUACAAAACUGUUCUAUCAGAGUGGAUUGGUCUAUGGUUGAUAAUGUGUAAUGGUUACAAUCUAUGAUUGGUCCUUUCUUAACCCAGCAGACUGUAUCUGUUCAAUUUUACCUCUCAGAAGGUAACUGUUUUAUAAAGCUCGUUUUGAAAGAUUUUUCAAAUACUAUUUCAUAGAAAGGUAUUUCAAUAUUAAAGGGUGAGCACCCAGUAUUUUAUUUCUUUAGUUUUUAUUUUUGUACAUUAGCACCCGGGUAUUAGCAAUGUAGACAAACUGUGAUCUUGUCAUUCUGGGCUGUCAAAGAUUAUUCAAAUAAAAUUAUUUACGGAAAC